AUGAAGGUUUUUCUUGGACUACUUGCCCUUUUGGGUCUUGCCCAUGCUGAAGAGAAGAAGGGACCACUUGUUACUGAUAAGGUCUUCUUCGAAAUGACCAUGGGAGGCGAAGACAUCGGUACCAUCGAGAUCGGCCUCUUCGGCAAGACCGUCCCCAAGACCGUCGAGAAUUUCUACACCCUCGCCGCUGGCACCAAGGGAUUUGGCUACGCUGGCUCCAAGUUCCACCGAGUUAUCAAAGACUUUAUGAUCCAAGGUGGUGAUUUCACUCGAGGAGAUGGAACAGGCGGCAAAUCUAUUUAUGGAGAAAAAUUCGCUGACGAGAACUUCAAGCUCAAGCACUACGGCGCUGGCUGGCUCUCAAUGGCCAACGCUGGAAAGGACACCAACGGCUCCCAGUUCUUCCUCACCACCGUCAAGACCCCAUGGCUCGAUGGACGACACGUUGUCUUUGGCAAGAUCCUUAGUGGAAUGGAUGUUGUCCGAAAGAUCGAAGGAACCAAGACCGGCGCGCAGGACCGACCCGUCAAGGACUGCGUCAUCAAGGCCUCCCGACACGAAGCUGUCGCCGAGCCCUUCGCCGUCUCCAAGGAGCCCGUCAAAGAAUAA